CUAUAUUUAAUGCCUCUGUGCACUCGGACGCGCCAUCAGUCAUCCGGGGAGAUCUCAUCAAAUUGUUUUGUAUCAUCACUGUUGAAGGAGCAGCCCUGGAUCCAGACGACAUGGCCUUUGACGUGGCCUGGUUUGCGGUGCACUCCUUUGGCCUGGACAAGGCUCCCGUCCUCCUGUCGUCCCUGGAUCGGAAGGGGAUUGUGAACACGGCCCAGAGGGACUGGAAGAGCGGCCUCAGCCUGGAGCGCGUGAGCGUGCUAGAGUUCUUGCUGCAAGUGCAUGGCUCCGAGGACCAGGACUUUGGCAACUACUACUGUUCCGUGACUCCGUGGGUGAAGUCACCCACCGGUUCCUGGCAGAAAGAGGCAGAGAUCCAGUCCAAGCCCAUCUUUAUAACUGUGAAGAUGGAUGUGUUGAACGCCUUCAAGUACCCGCUGCUGAUCGGCGUCGGCCUGUCCACGGUCAUCGGGCUCCUGUCCUGCCUCAUCGGGUACUGCAGUUCGCACUGGUGCUGUAAGAAGGAGGUCCAGGAGACCAGGCGGGAGCGCCGCAGGCUCAUGUCCAUGGAGAUGGACUAGCCGGUGCCGGGAAAGGCCGGGACGCAGGGAUGGUCGAGGAGCAGUUUGGGCGAGAAGAGGACAGUGAUCUUUUAACGUGAUGUGUGUUACACUAAAAACCAGUCCUCUCUAAUCUCAGGUGGGACUCGGCGCUCUCUCUUUUCUGCAUGUCAAGUUCUGAGCGCAGACAUGUUUACCAGCACACGGCUCUUCUUCCCACGGCACUUUCUGAUAGAACAAUCGAGUGUGUGUUUUCCCGACGGCGGCUUUUUAAUGGUUAACCUCUGUCUAAUUUUUUUCUCCUACUGGUUUAUAGAUCUCUGG